AUGGAGAAUUAUCAGAAGCUUGAGAAGGUCGGAGAGGGGACCUACGGUGUCGUCUACCGAGCUCGCGACCUCUCGGCUGGUGGCCGCAUUGUUGCCCUCAAGAAGAUUCGACUCGAGGCCGAAGAUGAGGGUGUUCCCUCCACCGCCAUUCGCGAGAUUUCCCUUCUCAAGGAAAUGAGGGACCCCACCAUUAUCCGGCUCCUGAAUAUCGUUCACGCCGAGGGCCAGAAGCUCUACCUCGUGUUUGAAUUUCUUGAUUUGGACCUAAAGAAGUUUAUGGAGUCGCUUCCCGUCAGCGAAGGUGGCCGCGGCAAGCCUCUGCCAGAUGGAAGCUCCGCCUUCCUCGGCCGCAUGGGCAUGGGCCCUGUUGUCGUCCAGAGGUUCAUGAUGCAGCUCUGCCGCGGCGUUCGAUACUGCCACUCGCACCGUAUCCUCCAUCGUGAUUUGAAGCCCCAGAACCUUCUUAUCGACGGCGAAGGCAACCUCAAGCUCGCCGAUUUUGGCCUCGCCCGUGCUUUUGGCGUGCCCCUCCGCACCUACACCCACGAAGUCGUCACCCUUUGGUACCGCGCCCCCGAGAUUCUCUUGGGUGGUCGCCAGUACUCCACGGGCGUUGACAUGUGGUCUGUCGGUUGCAUCUUUGCCGAGAUGUGCACGCGAAAGCCUCUUUUCCCCGGUGAUUCGGAGAUUGAUGAGAUUUUCAAGAUUUUCCGCAUUCUUGGCACCCCUUCAGAGGAAAUCUGGCCUGGCGUUACCUCGUAUCCCGACUUCAAAUCUUCGUUCCCUAAGUGGUCUCGAAGCAUUUCCAAGCCCCUGUGCGAUAGCUUGAAUGAACGCGGUCUCGAACUUCUCGAGAUGAUGUUGGUAUUUGACCCCGCAGGUCGCAUUUCAGCCAAGCAGUCCUGCAACCACCCUUACUUUGAGGAGUACAAUGCCCAGCACGAGGACCCUGCCCCGGCAGUCAACUAUCGCGCCGGCAGCAAUGGCUACUACCGAUAA